CCCAGGAUGCUCCGCGGCAGAGGGCGGUGGGAGGGGGCGUGUGGAGGAGGAGGCAGCUUGGCCGCUCUCGGCAGCCAGAGGAGGAAAGAGGACAAUGGGAGGUGAAUAGCAGUUGAGACACCAUGAUGGAUAACCGCUUUGCCACCGCCCUGGUCAUCGCCUGCGUCCUCAGCCUGAUGUCCACCAUCUACUUGGCCGCCUCCAUCGGGACAGACUUCUGGUUUGAAUACCGCAACCCGUUCCCUCCUGAAAACAACAGCGAAAGCAAGGCCACUUGGGACGAGCUCUUUGGGGAGAACGCAGAUGAGAACUCCUAUACGGAUGCCCUCUUCCGAUGGAACGGCACCAUCGGCCUGUGGAGGAGGUGCAUCACAAUGUCCGAGAACUCUUAUUGGUACAACUCACCAGGUGAGAUGGUUACAAAAUGUGUCAGCUUUUCCCUUUCGGAUCAAUUCAUGGAGAAAUACAAAGAUCCCGGGAACCAUAACAGCGGCACUGACUUGAACCGGACCUAUCUCUGGCGUUUGCAGUUCCUCCUGCCCUUUGUCAGCCUCGGACUCAUGUGUUUCGGGGCUCUCAUCGGGGUGUGCGCUUGUGCCUGCCGCAGCCUGUACCCCACCAUUGCCACGGGGGUCCUUCACUUCCUUGCAGGUUUGUGCACGCUGGGCUCGGUCGGCUGCUACGUGGCUGGGAUUGAGCUGCUGCACGAGAAGCUUCCUCCUCCGCGGGCCCAGGGCCACUUCGGCUGGUCCUUCUGCCUGGCCUGCGUCUCUGCGCCGCUGCAGUUCAUGGCGGCAGCCCUCUUCAUCUGGGCUGCUCGAACAAACAGGAGGGAGUUCACUCUUUUGAAAGCAUACCGGGUGGCAUAGGGAGGCUUCCAUCCCAUCCCAAAUUUCUCCCUUUCCAUCUUAAGACUGGUUUGUUUGUUUGGGGAUUUUUUUUGGUAGCCUCCAUCCUCUUCUCUUUAUUGUUAGUUGUUUACCCACAGAAAGCAUGCCUCCUUGCCACUUGGAAGUGAAACAGGUUUUUUAAAAAGCUGAACAGACUUGACAAGCCACAGUGCUAGCAUUUUUUUUUCUUGACCGAAAUCUGCAGGGUUUUAAUAAGUUCCUUGUGUUGUUUAUUUUUAAAUAUACUGAUAUUUUGUUAUUCCCAGUGUAUUACAUUUCUUUUCGUAUUUAAGCAUUUUCUGCCACAAUAUUUAACACGAUUUUCAAGCCAUAAAGGCUUAGAUAAAAACUCAGUUUGGCAGUAUAUGUAUCAUGAGCCAUUAAGAGAUGAACCAGUGCGACCUUUUCCGUAAAUGUAGCUUUGGAACUUAGAUUGUGAUUUAAGUUUCGUUCCUCACAUCGACUACUGUGUCCCCUCCAUUCUUUUUCGGCCUGAUUGUUGUAAAACGGCUAGCGGUUUUGGGCUUCCUAAAUCUUGCAAACUUAUUUCUUUCUCCCUCGCUCCUCCUUGCAAGAGGAAUGCCCCUUACGCGGUCUGAUUUCUGAUUUGACUAAUGUAUAUCUGUACAUAAAUCCGAGUCUAAAAACCCUUUAUUUAUGCAAGACAUUACAUUUUUGUAUAAGCAUUACUUACGUCAGCUAGACGAAAACUUUUGUUGAAAAAAAUAAAAAAUAAACCUGAGCGAAAGGCUCAUGAAUCCUA